AUGGGGUGCAGCCUGUGGUUAGAAGGUUUGGACGUAUCUUGUCAAUCAGCUUGUAAUGUUACGUCAGAAGCCGCGCUCUCACGAGAAUUGUACUGCGUGAUGGGAUGCAAUGAAGCUCUUAACACGUAUUUUCAAAUGAUAAAAGACUUAAUCGGAACGCCUCCCGCACCAGCAUUAGUAGCGGACAGUUUAACGGCUACCUCGCUAUCCUUAGUAUGGGAAGCCCCAAACCUUGGAAACUUCACCUACCUUGUUCAAUGGAGAUACGAGGAGUUACCCGGCAGCUGGCAAUAUUACUCCAAUUCUAGUCAUUCAGAUAGAUCCAUUAUCCACGUUGAAAAUUUGAGACCGUAUACCAAAUAUCGAUUCCGUGUCGCAAUAUUCCUUUCGGGCCGGAAUGGCGCCGGUGAGCCUGUUUAUUCAGCGCCAUCAGUUGUCAUAUUGACGUCAGACAGUGGUAAACCGAGUUCUGCACCUGCAUCUUUGCGAGCUGCUGCGCCAGACUCAAGCAGAGUUGCCAUUUCCUGGGAGCCAGGACCAUUUCCCAAUGGCCAGAUAAUAUCAUAUGUCCUACGACUGGCUGAUACACAACCCAACACUAUAGAUGUUUUGGAGGAUAUGCCAGCGUCAAACAAAAAUUUGUUCUACAUGUUCCAAAAUUUGGCACCAGCUCGUCAGUACAACGUGUCUGUAGCAAUGCGGAACGCUGUUGGGGAGGGACCGAGAGCUUAUGUGCUUAUAUCCACACCCUCUUUACCUACUUCUGUUCCAUCACAACAGCCAAUUCUUAUAUUAGGUGGGGAACAUAAUAUUCUUGCAGCAUCCGCUAACGAUAUGUUGUCUGACCCAGUUGAAGAGUUAUACAGUACGGAGCAUAUUAUUACAGGAGUGGGCGUUGAUGUAUCCAGUGACAAUCUAUUCAUAUCUGUAUCAAAUGGAUUCGUUUACAAAAGCUCUUUAUCAAAGAAAACUCCACCGGAAGCUAUUUUAUCCCCAAAAACCAUUGAUUAUAAGCCCUUGGACCUUUCAGUGGAUUGGCUUAACCAACACUUAUAUGUUCUUGGUGAAGUUUAUUAUUAUAAGGGAUCGAACAGAACGAAUUCCAGCCUAUACCCCAGUUGGAUAAUAUCGAGAUGCGAUUUUGAUGGUAAAAAUGGUAUUGUAGCUUCAUCGGGUUUUAAUUCAAGACCCAUACACUUUGAAGUGGAUGCUUAUAACGGUUAUCUGUUUUGGGCUCUUCGAGGUAUAGAGCGAGGGGGAUUGUACCGGUUAGACCUGGCUAACAUCUCCAACGGCGUCAAACACGAUUGCCGCCCAAAACAAAUAGUAUACGAUGCUAACCUUGGCGCCUUUACCGUAGAUCACGCUGACUUUAGACUUCUUGUUACUCAUAUAAGAAGGAAUACAGUCCUGGCGGUUUCUUUGGAUGGACGUGAAGUGUCAGACUUCCGCAGUAACACACAACGACCAAUGUUCUUCUCACCACGGUCUAUAGCAUAUGCCAACGGUCUCUUCUACUGGACGAAUGGAAACGAAAUCCUAAUGGAGGAAUAUCAUCCAAAACGAGAUAGCUACUUCCACAACGAGUAUCCCGUAACAUAUAACACUAAGACCAUUGCAACGAGGGAAGUUCUGGUGGCUUUGAGGAGUUGUCAGCCGAUUCCAGUUCCUGUUAAUCCACCGUUAGGGGUUCAGGCUGUGAUGGGGAUUAACAGGGCGAAGGUCUCCUGGUCUGCUCCACAUCUUUUGGGUCAUCAGGGAACAGGCGCUUGGCAGCAGUGGACAUUUCAUUUGCAGUUGACGAAUGUUAUUACCGGCGAGACUAUUGGCAUUAAAAAUAUUAACGAAACAACGCACGUUGUUGACAAUAUCGAGCAAGAUACGCAGUACGUCAUAAGGAUCGCAGCCGUCACCCAAUCUGGCUCAGGCCCGUGGUCAUCCGAAUUUAUUGGUAAAACGUUGAAAUCAUCUCCAACUACUCUACAAAGCACAUUAUUGUGGUCCGGCCCUAAUGGCCUUCUCCAAACAGACCUAACAGGAGAUAAUUUGCAAACCUUAAUUGAUCGUAAUUAUCUGGAACUGCAGCACCUAUACAUAACUGAUAUAUCCUGGUACCGAGACCAACUCUACUUAGUGACCAACGCAUCAACAGUUAUGUGGUACAAUUCCACAUCGCAUGGCAAAGGUUUUAUGCCCAAUAUGGAUAAUGUAGGCAGUCUAGCGGUUGAUUGGGUCGGGAAGAAAAUUUAUUGGUCGAAUCCUAAACAACAAUUGAUAACUCGCAGUAACUUCGAUGGCAGUAACAAAGAACCAGUACCCAUAGUGACAGUUGCCAAAGAACUAACUAUCGAUUCUCUAGGAGCCUAUAUUUAUUGGAACACGGGCCAUGCCGUGGAAGCAGCGAGAUUAAAUGGCGAAAAUAAAAUUAUCUACUAUCCUGCACAGCUCUUUAGUGGAAAACAAGUAAUGGGAUUAACAGCUGAUUUAGAAAAUAAAUGGCUCUAUUGGCUUGUACGAAGCUAUGAUGGCUCAGAACUUCACAGAGCUGUCACAGCUGACAAGAUUUCACUUGGUGCUAACGAGGUGACCAGUGCUUUGACUGACGAAUCACGAUUCCGCCUCUACGUUGCAGGCUACAGACGCCCAGGCACAACUGCAGGUCCAAUUGUGACAACUUUGCGAGCGGCUCAGUUUGGGUGGCGAGGUGGAUCAAGAGCUCGUGUGGUCUCAGACGCUUGUGUGCAAACUUAA